UCACGACCGAGUGGUGUAGGCAGCUGUCGUCUGUUGAAUGUAAACACAUAACGUUUGCUGUUCAAAAAGGACCAGCGGUAAACAUAAGAAGACUGAAAAUAUUUUUUAAAUAAUACGUGUAAUUGAACUUGAAAGAAUGGAGACUUCGGAAAAUGAUCCAGAAUUAAGUGAUUUACCAGAAGUAUCUGCAGAGCUUCCAGUCAUCUGCCAACCCGGUGUCGAUAAAGUGGAAGUAAUUCAUAACAUGGGAGACGCUAAAGAGAACUCAGAAGAAAAAACUGAAACAACGUCACCUGUUAAAGAUUCUGAAGAAAAAACUGAAACAACGUCACCUGUUAAAGAUUCUGAAGAAAAAAUUGAAACAACGUCAUCUGUUAAAGAUUCUGAAGAAAAAACUGAAACAACGUCACCUGUUAAAGAUUCUGAAGAAAAAACUGAAACAACGUCGUCUGUUAAAGAUUCUGAAGAAAAAACCGAAACAACGUCACCUGUUAAAGAUUCUGAAGAAAAAACCGAAGCAACGUCAUCUGUUAAAGAUUCUGAAGAAAAAACCGAAGCAACGUCAUCUGUUAAAGAUUCUGAAGGAAAAACUGAAACAACGUCACCUGUUAAAGAUUUUGAAGAAAAAACUGAAACAACGUCGUCUGUUAAAGAUUCUGAAGAAAAAACCGAAGCAACGUCAUCUGUUAAAGAUUCUGAAGAAAAAACCGAAGCAACAUCAUCUGUUCAAGAUUCAGAAACAUCUAAAAGUUCAACGAGUAUCAAAGUAAUGAAGAAGAAAAAGGCUUCUGGAUUUCAGGCUCCUACGAAGGCACCAUCAAUGAGCAAUGGUGAUACAGUUGGAAAAGUAAAACCCCAGAAAACAAAAGAAACGGAACCAAAGAAGAGCAUAGAUCCAGUUGAACAGGGAUUGAAUGAUGACAUGAAGAAAAACAAGAAUGAAAAAUCAGAGAAGAAAAAGAAGCCAAAAAAAUCCAAAGAUACAAAGGAAAGCGUUGGAUCAAAGGAAGUGAAGCCAAAAGAGACCAAGAAAUCAAUUAAAAAACAAAGUAAUGAUGUGGAUAAAGAAAAAGAUUCUGUGAAACCAAAAAAUACCAAGAAAUCAAGUAUGACUGGUGGGGCUGAGGUUCUUCCUGCCGAUGAUUCAGUUCAGACACCCAUCUCAUCUGAAUGCAAUAAAGAGGAAAAUACGACAAAAAGUAAAAAGGCAAAACUGAAGGAAACUGAGAAAAAAGAAAAAGCUAGUGAACCAGUCAAAACCUUGUCUGCUGAAGAGUGGGAGCAGGUGUUCCAGUCCGCUAUCGACAGAGUCAUGAACACACCAUUAGACCAAUUACUUUCAACAGAUGAAGAGUUGGUGCAAAAUACAACCACACAGAAUGAGGAUGAGGAUGAAAAUAAAGAUGUCAUUUUGGAAGAUAGUUCUCAGAAUGCCAGUGGUUUGACAGUUGAUAUACCAAAUGACAAACUGGAGAUUGAAGUCCCUGAACAGAUUCAGGAGAAUUCCAGGAAUCACGAUUUCCCUUUAGAGAAUGAACACAUACAAAUGGUUGAGUGUGCACAAGUGCAGGAACUAAACGAGAACACACCCGAGGGAAGUGAAUUGGAAUUCAAUGGCGAAGAGGACAAAAAACAACAACACACACCGGUUGUCCUUGUGAAGAAGGCUAUGAAGAAAGCUGAUAGAAACAGUGCUGCCAAAGUGCUUGCACCCAGACAAUUACACUUUCCAAAACCCAUCGAAAUCAAAAAGGGAAAAAAGAAAAUGAUGGAUGUGGUGAAGAAGAAGAAAGGAAAGAGAACAGAAUUUGCAGAAAAUGUAAAUGACAUUGUCAAAGAUCAGCCUGGAAUAAGUAAAAAGCAGUUGAUGAUGGAGAGAGAAAUUCAAGAAACAGGAACCUGGGUACAAUGCUCCAAUACAGCCUGUCAAAAGUGGAGAUUUCUACAAGACAUCAAUGAUCCUACUGAAAUUGAUGAUAAAUGGAUUUGUGAAAUGAACAAAGACACAUCCUAUGACAGCUGUGAGAAGAGAGAGCAGGAUUAUGAUGAAUCUGAUCAUAUCUUCACCAGAUAUUCCGAGGGCAGCAUUGUGUGGGCCAGGAUGGUCGGUUAUCCAUGGUGGCCAGCUAUGGUUGAGAUUGAUCCUGACACAGAAACCUUCUUUGAACUUGUAUCAGAAAACAGCAUGUUUCCAAGUCACUACCAUGUAGUAUACUUGGACAACAAAGUAUCCCGAGCUUGGGUGAAGGCCUCGGCAAUGCUGCCUUUCCACCACGGAGGUGAGGACUUGAACAAAGGCCUCUAUUUGACAAAGAAAUCCAAAGGACCAAAUUUUAAGAAAGAAGUUGAAGCUGCAACACAAAAUGCAUUAGCUGCCCUUGAACUACCUACAAAGGAGAGACUGAAACAGUUUAGCUUCAGUGCUCAAUUUAAAGGCAAAUGGGCUGAGGAUGAAACAAAAUCUAGGAAAAUAAAGAAGCAUUGUAGAGUGAAGUUGACACCAAAGAAAAGCAAGAAGAAGGUGAAGAAACCAAAGGACCACACCAGCGAAAACAAUGCCGAGCACCAGGACCUGACCAUGUAUAUGUUGGACUCGGCCACUGUCGAUGAGAUGCUUUCUGACCAACCAGACUCGAUCCUGAAGGGAAUAGAAGAUGUCUUGGAUUCUCUUGGAAGCCAGAUUUUGAGUGAUGACAAUGAUGAAGACUACCUUCCUACAAAUACUGAAUGUGAGAUGUUCACAGGACCCACAGAAAGCAGGAAGGAUGUUUCUCCAAUAAAAAAACCUAAAGGUACAAAAAGGAAAAACAUGAGCAAGGAAGGAGAAAAAACUGUCUCAAAGAAAUCUAAACAACAGAAACUUGAGGGUGUGCCUGGAAAAGCAUCAGAGAAUAACAAGAAGAAAAGAGUGAAGAAAAUCAAGGAACAAGCAGUGCAAAAAGCUUACAAAACUACUUUUUCUGUGGGAACAUUGGUAGAAUUAGCAGAAAAUAAAGUUUGCAACGUUUCAAAAAGUGACACUUGUGUCAAAAAAGAAGUUUCAACUGAAGAAAAAUUUGCUACAUCCACAACUACAACAAUGAAGUUUGACAGUGAUAUUUUUACUAUGGAACUAGGCGAUGAAGAAUGUGAAAAUCAUCCUAAGCAAGGAAAGAAAAACAAAAAAUGUGAGGCAAGCAGUCCCCCUAUCACGCCAGAGAGAAAAAGGAAAACGAAUCCAAUAACAAAACCAGAAAAGAAGAAAUCGAAAAAAAAUCUGUUUGCAGUUCCAGAGACAUCUUCUAAUGAGAAAGCAUCAGAUGACCACUCACAAAACAGUUCCGACAAAAAUGUUCCUCCCAAGAAAUCCAUGGCACAGAAUGUCUCUUCCCCAGUUCAGGAGAGGAACUUGAUCAGAGCAUCAGAAACAACACCGCUGAAAAAUGUUGAAGAGUGCACCGUUUGUGAUACUAAAGUUGUACCCAAAAAUCUGCACACGUCACCAAGAAAAAAAACAUGUCCGAAAAAAGUUUCAUUUUCAGCACCUGCUACAGUGACCAUGGAAUCAAAAGUGACGGUGGCACCUGUGAACAGUGAAAUUCAUCUUGUACCCUGUAAUGAUGAACAGACAGUGCCAGAGAUGCACACACAAGAAUCUGAUGAAGAUGAUGGAUUCUCAUUGGAUCUUCUUGUGAGUGAUCAAAAGCCUGAAAUACAAGAAGUAAGAAUAACAUCUGUAUCUACCUUGCCUGCUGCAGUCGACACUGAAGAUGCGUACGACUCGGAUCCCUUUGAUUUGAUGGAGGAAUGACUGAUAUCACAUGUCACUGGAAUUGAACAUUGAAAUUUUGUUUUUUAGAGACUGUCAAUAUACAUAUUGAAGUUCAGAGAAGAUUUAAAAUUUUGUUAGUAAUGGGCUUAUAGACACAAUAACCUUGUAAAUAAAUUGUGUGGUUAAGGAGAAA